AUGGAGCAACUCAUUGCUGAUUUCGUUUCUAGGAUGGGUUUGGCUCUGCCUGUGGCUAUUCUUGUAGCCGUUAGGGCUGGCCGAAUGAUCCAUCAAAUGAAUAGUCUUCAUAUAGAACCCCAAAUUACGGAAGUAACGAGGGGUGUUCUUAAAGACAAAAUAGUGGAUCAACUCUCAAUUCUUUUGAGAGUCUAUAAAGAUACAACUGAGGGUGUAAGCUUACCAACAGGAGUAAAUCUCCAAGAGGUAGCCGAACAUCUUUUGUUUGUAGACCAAAGAGUGAACCUUCUACACAAUAUUUAUUUCUUUUGA